GGGGGAGGGCCGAGGCCUGCUUCCGCCGAGCGCCGGUCCGACCCCUCGGCCUCCCCGUCCGCGGCGCGCCGGCCCGGGCCUCCGCCUUUGUUGCCCGCAGCCCCGCCGGCGAGAGGCCGGGGCUUGGCGAAGGCCUGGGGCGGCGGCGCGGGGCCUGCGCGGCUCGCAGCCCGCCGCCCGGCCCGCUCGGCCGCUCCUCGGGCUCGGGCUCGGGCUCGGGCUGUGGUCCAGGGGCCGGAGGGCGCGCGGGCUCGCGAGGGCCCAGGCCGCGUCGGUGCCGCCGCCGCCCCCGCCCGCCGGGAGGUCGCGCCGGGGGGCCCCCCGCGUGUGCCGCGCGUGACGGUGCUGCUGGAUGGGAUUUACUCGCACGGAUGUGGGGCCGUGGGCUUUUCAGCGGCCCCUGGAAGCGAGACAGGCCUUAAUUUUCAAUUUGCUUCAGGAGUUGGCAACUUCGGGGACACCAUGGUGGCUCAUUAUGUGGCACAACUAUUGACGUUUCUCGGUGGCAGGUCCUGGCACAGAACUCGGAAUGCGCGCAGCAGGCUGGAUGCCAACUUCACAGGCAUCACACUUGGAGAAUAUGUUUGAGGAGCAGUGACUGUCCCAUUGUCCUUGGGAGCAGACUGUUGAGUAAUAGAGAAGAAAGAAGGAAGAAAAGACAGAGAUCUCUGAAGGCCUGGGAGACAAACCGUUAUCUCAGCAUCAGUGAACCUGAAGAUGUCACUAUGCCAUCCUGAAGUUUUGCAACAGGGGACGGCUCCGGAGGCUCUGCGAGGCCGGGCGAGGCCGUAGAUGCGGCAUCGCGGCCUCCGCGGAGGCGUGCGGAGCGCUUCGCGGCGAGCGGCUGAGCCUGGUGCGGGCAGCGCGUCACCAUGAAGAAGAUCAGCCUCAAGACCUUCCGGAAGUCGUUCAACCUGAGCAAGAGCAAGGACGAGACGGAUUUCAUGGUGGUGCCGCAGCCGGCGCUGGCCGGCGACUUCGGGAAGGACGAGCCCUUGUUCGGCGGCUGCUACGGGAAGGAGCUGGCGGGCUGCGACCUGAGCGGCGACGGCGAGCAGGGCGGGAAGGGCCGCUCCAAGAGCGAGAGCCUCAUGGGGACGUUGAAACGGCGGCUGUCGGCGAAGCAGAAGCAGAAGGGCAAGGGCGGCGCGGCGGCCGGCGGCUCGGCCGACGACGACACCUUCUCCUCCUCGUCGGCGCCGCUGGUCUUCAAGGACGUGCGCGCGCAGCGGCCCAUCCGCUCCACGUCGCUGCGCAGCCACCACUACAGCCCCACGCCGUGGCCGCUGCGGCCCACCAACUCGGAGGAGACGUGCAUCAAGAUGGAGGUGAGGGUCAAGGCCUUGGUUCACACGUCCAGUCCGAGCCCGGCCCUGAACGGGGUGCGGAAGGAUUUUCACGACCUGCAGUCGGAGACCGUGUGCCCGGAGCAGAGCAGCUCCCUCAAGGGCUCCGAGUCCCAGCACGGGGACCUGCACCUGCACCUCGAGGACCACGUGCCUGUCGUUAUCGGACUUGUGCCUCAGGACUACAUUCAGUACACCGUGCCUUUAGACGAGGGGAUGUACCCGCUGGAGGGGCCGCGCGGCUACUGUCUGGACACCUCUUCGCCCAUGGAGGUCUCCGCGGUCCCUCCGCAGGUGGGAGGCGGCUCCUUCGCCGAAGACGAGAAUCAGGUAGACCAGGACCUCGUGGUGGCCCCGGAGAUCUUCGUGGACCAGGCGGUGAACGGCCUGUUGAUCGGCACCACCGGAGUCAUGCUGCAGAGCCCCCGAGCGGGGCACGACGACGUCCCCCCACUCUCACCGUUGCUACCUCCGAUGCAGACCAAUCCAGUCCAAAGGAACUUCGGGGCGCUCGCCAGCACAGACGCCCACGUGGCCGAAAGCAUGCGCUGCCAUUUGAAUUUUGACCCGAACUCUGCCCCUGGGGUGGCGAGAGUGUACGACUCGGUGCAGAGUAGCGGCCCCAUGGUUGUGACGAGCCUUACGGAGGAGCUGAAAAAACUGGCGAAACAAGGGUGGUACUGGGGACCCAUCACGCGCUGGGAGGCAGAAGGGAAGCUGGCGAAUGUGCCGGAUGGCUCGUUCCUUGUUCGGGACAGUUCUGACGACCGCUACCUUUUGAGCUUGAGCUUCCGCUCCCAUGGCAAAACACUUCACACGAGAAUCGAACACUCCAAUGGUAGGUUUAGCUUUUAUGAACAGCCCGACGUAGAAGGACAUACGUCCAUCGUUGAUCUAAUUGAGCAUUCAAUCAGGGACUCUGAAAAUGGAGCUUUUUGUUAUUCAAGGUCUCGGUUGCCUGGAUCUGCAACUUACCCGGUCAGACUGACCAAUCCCGUGUCGCGGUUCAUGCAGGUGCGUUCUUUGCAGUACCUGUGUCGUUUUGUUAUACGUCAGUAUACUAGGAUAGACUUGAUUCAGAAACUGCCUUUGCCAAACAAAAUGAAGGAUUACUUACAGGAGAAGCACUACUGAAAGAUUACGAGAACCCUGCAUCUUGCACUUUGGGAAUAAGAAAAAGAGAUUGAAAUACAGUUUACAAACUUACAUUGCUAUCAAAAUCUUUUGCUGCCAUACUAUUUCAGUUUUAUGUGUAAAAGUAAUCAAUCUGUUCAGGGGUGGGGAAGUGUCAGCAAGGUGUCUUGGGUUUAUUUUGGUUCUUUAAAAAGGGAAGUCUUGCGGUUUUGGAAGUGUGAAUUAUCUUUCAUAAAUGUGCAGAAUAAUCACAAUGUGAAUGAUCAGAUUCUCCUUAACCCCCCCCCCCCCAGUCCUUUGCUGCUAUCCACUGUGAUUUUUAUGCAUUAAAAGCACAUUUCAUGUGUAUUCAACCCUAAGUAAAGUUGAAUGAAACCUACAGAAUGAAUAUUGUUAUGUCUCUUUAAGUGGCCCGUUUUCAAAGAUCGUGUUGAAUAAACAUACCCAUAUGAAAAAAUGCAGAAUUUACACAUACACUGAAAAUGAUUUUUAAUCUCAUACUUCAGAUGGAUUUAUUUAGAACUAUGAUUUGACAUAAUCUUGGGUAUUGGAAUGCAGAUCUGCAACAUAACUUCUACAACACUUAUUUCCAAAUUGUUUUUGAGGUUGUGCUGUUUUUUGGUUGUGAAAAGUUGAAUUUUUCUGUUGCCUUCAUUUUCAUCUUGUGGUUUGUCUAUUUUAAUAAAUGGCCUUACAUGAAAAAAAAAUCAUAAAGAAGUGUAUACCACCAAUUUAGAAAUUGUUGCCUUUUCUGUCAUUAAGCUCUGGUACAAAUUGGAAUAACAUAAGCAGACCUAUGGGACUAGAACUAUUAUUGAAGAGACACUAGAUGAUCAUAGUUUCCUGUGAUAGUAAUUUUGUUGUGUUAAUUAUACUUUCCUUUGGUAAAGUGUUUUAUCUGUGAUUUCUUUAGUUUAGCCAACAUUUUCUUUGGGUGAACUUGAUGUAGAACUGACCUUCGUAAAGGACUAGAUUCUCUUGGGACAUUUAAGUUUAUAUAAAGUUUUAAAUUGAUUUGAGUAGAAAACCUUGUUUUAGAUUUGGGUUUAUAUUCUUCUUUUAUGUAGUCACUGUUAAGAUGUGCUAGAUUUGACCCUUCCUUCUCUCCACCAAACAAAACCAAAAAACCUGAUGACUUUAGUUGAAAAAUUGUAUAACUCGUGGAGCCUCCUGUAAGAAGAAUAUUAAAAACCAUAUCAGGUAUAUAGAAGUCUUGUUGCCCAUUGUUUAUACCGCCAUUUAAAAAUCGGUUUUUUGUUUUGUCUUGUUUUAAAUUUAGUUAAGUCUUAAGUAAAUUGGCAGCCAGCAUUAGUUGUUUUAUCUCUGAUUCAGUUGCUUGGGUUGGGGCACAGAAAGGAGUGUGUUAUCCCCAGUACUUUGGUUAUUUUGAAAUUCAGUGUUUAUUCGCUUCAGUGAGUGUUUUGGAAGCAUCCCAUCUAGAAAAUGUUUCCACCUCCGAUGAAACAUAUAAUUUAAGACAUUUCUUCCUUUGCCACUCAGUUUUCCUAUCUCUUACCCCUCAAUUAAAAGUAAGAGUAAAGGUCUUAGGUCACCCUUAAUGGCUUUGUCAUGCAGACACGCCAGUGUCCCUGUUUUUUGUUGCUGUUGUUGUUUCUGUUUUAUAGGGUCAGAACUGAGAAAUACCAAGAAAAGGCACAAUAAUACCGUGUUAUGGUAUUUUGACUUAAAGGGGAAAAGGUACUUAAUUUUGGUGGAAUGUUGAUUGUACCUUGUCGCAAAGACUCCUCUUUCAUUUUCUGAUACGUUUUCACCUAAUAGGAUGGAAUAUGGAGUAUACUGUAAUAAUAUAAUUUAAGUGUUCACUAUAAGCUAUUUGGAUUAAGAACUAUAACAGAGUUGUAAACUUAUCAAAUUAAUGCAAGACAUUUAAACUAUUUUUUUGCAAAACUAUUUAUUUUUAAACAAUUUAAAAUAUAUCUAGGGUGAGUUAAAAGUCCCUGUGCAUCUAUAUUAGAUGGCAGGUAUUGUCACAGAGUCACUGUGUAUUAAUAAUAAAUGUUGAAAUGGCUUCUCCGUGUUUCUAGAAGCAUUUACAUGUACUCUUUGUGAGAUCAUGGUGCACAGAGGUCUUUGGACUGCCCUGAACCCUGUCUCGUCAUGUGGGCAAAGCCUGCCCCCCACGUUUUCCUCAUGAUGCCAUGUGUUCAAGAUCUAGCUAUUUAGUUUCAAGUUAAGAUUAGUUUGAUUUUCAUCUAAAUGUUUUUAAAAUUGUAUUUUGUGUUUUAUGGAGGGCAAGUCUUGAUGCUGUUCUAUUUCAGAAAGCCAGUUUUUUAUGUGCUUUUUGUGUAGUCGUAACAUAAAAUACUUCAAGGUGAAAUGCCCUAUUCUAAUCCAGUUUGAAAUUGCUAGGGCCUGAUAGUGUACUGAUAAAAAUAAAAGUAUUUGCCAAGAAAUUAUUUACCAACAAAGGAGUAUUGGGAUAUUUUCUGCUUUUGUGUAGAAAGAACCAUUUGGCAUAGGCAGCACAACAUAAUGUGAGAAACUGGCUUUAUAGGAUCCUAAAAUAAAAUAGUCUUUAAAAAUGGAAAGGGGAAAAGAGAGAAAUCUCUGUCCUAUAGUUUGAUUUAGAUACCAUUUGGUUAAAUUUCUGGAUUCUACUGAAUGGCAGUUUAGAUGGCGCGGGAAAAACCUGUAAGUGAUUUUUAAAAUAUGUGCUUCUAAAAAAUCUGAGCUCAAGGCAAGAAAGAGAAAACAGGAAAGCUGUAUCCUUUUGCCAUAGUAAAUGAAUCAGAGUCAUUUUUUUUAAUCAAACAUUUUGUCACAAAACACGAUGGAGGCCAGAAGCUAAUUCUAGGCUUACUAGGACACUAUUAGGCAUUUUUAUAAAUAAUAAGAAAGCAUAGAAAGUACUUGAAAAAUAUCUCACUCUUUCUCUUUCUAAGGAAAACUGUUCUCUUUCUACUUGGUGCAAUAAUCUGAAAAUCUAGAAGGUCAGAAACAUAUCACAGGAAAUGAUCAUAGAACUAAGAAUAGUUUUUAAGGAAACCGACUACAAGGGUAACCAUCUUGCUGUUGAAGAAAAUUGUGUGCCAAAAGACAAAAAUCAUUGGCAUAUAGGAAAUAAAUACAAAGUAUACAUUAUAAUUUCUGAGCCAGUAUUAAUGAAACAGGAUAAAAAUGACUAAAAUCUUGAAUAGGUUAUACGCAGUGCCCCUGCUAGUGCUAUAAAUCUAAAUAUCUUAAUAAUGCUUUCAGAAACGCCAGUUUUAAUCAUUGUACAUUUCACAUUAUAUAUGAGAUAAUUUGUUUCAUGAAUGAUUCAGAAUAAUAUAUAUUAAAUCCUAAUGGCUUGUCAUCAAAUGUGAAGUCAAUUUGAAAAUGAAAUCACUCUACCAGCAAUAGACAGUUUUGUUGAAAACUCUAAUAAGGAGCAGCUACCAGUUCCAUAAAUAACUUUAAAGUUCCAAAAUAAAGUAUUGGUACAUUAGUAAUCACAAAUUUGGUUCUUUUUGCUACUUUGUAAAAUCCUAUUAAGGAUUUUUUAAAUAAACAUCCUUUUUAUUGAUCAGUCACAAUAUGGUGAAUGUGUAGUUGAUGUUUCUGAAAAGUGAUCCAAACUCUACAUCCAGAGAUGAUGAAAAAUUCUUAUAGAAUUUUGUAAUAAGUAUACAUGUUGGAUUAAAGAAAUUUUAUAGUCGUUGGAGUGCCAUGAAAUUAAUACUUGCAAUCCAGAUUGCUGUAGUUUACACUUUUUCUGUAUGUUUCAAAUCAGGUGUGUACCAUUUGUACUGAGAACACCACAGAAUGAAUUAUCCAAAGUCCAUUGAUUUUAAUAUGUGUUUUGGUUUGUAAACAAAUUAUAGUAAUUUCUUGCACAUUUUUGGAAAUUAAUUGUAUAAGAAUUUAUGUAUCUGCUUCUAGAUACAGUGUGUAAAUAAAAAUUUCGUUCACAAGA